UAUUUCGUUUAUGAUAUGUUGGUGAACCUUAAAAUUUUGAUAAAUGAUUCGAUUUGUUCUACUUUUUCUUAUCUAUUUCUUUUUCAUUGAAAAUAUUUCAAUAGUGAAUGUGUGCCGUAAAAGUUAACUGUUUCUCUGUUCGGUGGUGUUGGCGAUUCAUCAUUUGUAGACUUGCUUUUUUUGUUGGAUAACUCAAUAUGGCAUACAUUUUUUUUUCCCUUUUGGUUGAGAUUUUGUACACAGAUCGGGGAUUUAUAAGCAGUAUUGAUUCUGAAUAAAUAUUUUUAAUUUUUUUCUCUUUUUAAUUAAAUGUUGGAUUGGGGAAGAGAUAAUGGCAUCGUCGUUCUCAUCUAAGAGUUGAUAGUCAAAUUGUCUGUUGUUUGUAUAUACGCCGCUUUAUAUUUUGCAUCUGUACGACUUUUAGCUUCUUAUAUUUGCACUUCAAUUGAAAAUUGGCGUGUAGUCGCUGCAUUUGCUGGAAAUUGCAAUCUAUGGGAUUACAUUCUAUAAUUGUCUCUAGAAAAUGUGGAAUCUUAUGUAACAAGUACUCAAUUUGACUCUGUUGCCAUGAACUUGCUUUUCAACCACUACAUUUGGUUCUCAGGGUUAUGUGCUUGGUUUUGGUUUGUAGUAGAAAUGGAAUAACUGGUAACUGAAAUUCUGGGACUAUGAUUUCUUUAAACAGAUGGAAUGAUCUGAGAACUCAAUUAGUUGGAUUCUACUCUUUAUUGUUCUGAACGGAUUAUCCUAUAAUUUGAAUUUGAAUUUAAUUUUUUUUAAGUUAUUUUUGGAUCGAGAAUUGGGAAGCUGGGUUAAGAUUAUUUUGUUGGACUGAGAAUGUUAAUUACCAAAUAAAGUUGAGCUCCAUUUGUAAACAGCAACAGGAAGGAAGACAAUCUGUGAGAAAUUGUUGAGUUUUGUGGAGAAAUACUGAUGGGAUUGCCCCAACUUUCAUCCAGUGAAAACUCUGACGAGGUUAGUGGCUCACUUGACACAUAUGUCUAUAGUGCCUCUCAGUUUGGUGGUGUCGGCACGUGUGAUUUGGAUGGGAUUCGUAUGGGAUCUCCGAGCCAAACAUGUGGGGACUCGAUAUAUUCUUCUUUAGGUGAUUUUCAAUGGAAAACCUCAUUGGAGGUUUCGAAAUUUCCUGAUGAUGCGUUAAAGAAAGAGCAAUUGGAUGAUACUCCCAAUUUUCUUGUGUCAAAUAUUCGCAUCAACGAAGUGGUUGACUCAACUCCUAAAACUAGACGUAAUAUUCAGGCUCCCAUUUCUAGGAUUGUUGGUUUUGAAUAUGAGAAAGAUACCCUCUCUGCGAGUCAUGUUCAUGCUGCUUCUGCCAGUGUCAUAUUGAAUGAUACUGAGACCAAUGGAUCCCUUGUUAGGAAGCGAAUGCUGUCUCCAUUGAAUAGGAUGCUCCUGUCCGAGCAAUUUAGGGGUGAUUUUUUAGAUAUUGGCAGCAGAAACUUUCAUCAUAGUUCUCAAGCGAAAGAUGAAAUAUGUGGUAUUUCUGUGAUGCAAGAUAAUAAAAAAGCAAAUAUUGGUAGUAAAAAUCACUCCACAGCACCAAUUUGGUCUGUGUCUAACUUUAAAGAACGGAUUGAUAUGUUGCACAACUACAGUAGAUCAGCUGCCAUAAUUUUCACAGAUGGCCCUUUAUUAGAGGACAAAGAACUGCACCCCUUUACCUGUGUACCUUCAUCUAGGUUUGAUCCUUUGAUUGAAGCAAGUGAGCGCAGAUCACUCUCUGGGCCAACAUUAAAAAAGCAAAUCUUGCUCCCACUCUCUCGGUCUCCGUUAGGUCCAAAAUUUUCUGAUAGAAUGAGAUCUGCAGACCGUGGGAGGAAUAUCCGGAAAGAGACUAAAAUCUUAGAAAAUAUAUCUUAUUCCGCCGAGGAAAAACGCUUUGGCAUUAUCUUUCCCUCUGAAGAAGAAGAAUUUCGGGUUGCAAGCACAUCGUAUGAAGAUGUUAAUUACCUUCACAAAGAUGUCCAAUCUUCAUCCCAAGAAAAUAACACUGGAAUAAGUUCAACUUUCUGUAGAAAUUCAAGGACUGGUAUCAGUUGCAUGAAGCUCGGUAGAAGUUUUAGGGGAUGUCCAGUGAGAAGGUCAUUGGUUGGGUCAUUUGAGGAGUCACUUUUUUCAGGGCGAUUGUCAUCUGGAAAACUCAGUCAGGCCAUAGAUGGUUUUCUUGCCAUACUAAACAUUAUAGGAGGGAAUUUUUCUCCAAAGCCACAGAAACUUCCAUUUGCAGUAACCAGUGUUGAUGGAGAUAGCUAUCUAUUAUACUAUGCAUCUAUUGAUCUUUGUAGGAAUUCACAAUCAAACAAGCACAGAGGGGAAAAUGUGAAGAGUGCCCUUGGUUGUGAGGAUUCACAAAUUGGCAAGAACCGUCUGCGUGUUCCUAUGAAAGGACGUAUCCAGUUGGUCCUGAGCAACCCUGAGAAGACACCCCUUCAUACCUACUUCUGUAACUAUGACUUAAGCGACAUGCCAGCUGGUACCAAGACAUUCUUGCGUCAGAAGGUCACCCUUGCUUCCUCUGGCUUGAAUUCUAUAAAUGGAAGAGGAGAGCUGAAAAGUAUCAAUAUAAAAGAUGAGGACAAGGUUUCUUUAGUCCUAAAGAGAAGUCAUAUUGACCUGCCAGACAAUGGAAGACAAGUUUGUGGGUAUAAUUUAUGUCGGAAUGAUCAGGUGAUCACAUUAGAUGAAACUGAUAGAAAACACGAACAUUCUUGUUCGAAGGUCAACAGAAAUGCGACUACUGUUGGUGCUUUACGUUAUGCUCUUCACUUAAGAUUUGUUUGUUUAUCCCCAAAAAAAUCUUCAAGGUCAGUCCAGAGAUCAGAUCCUUUAUCAGCAAAAGAAAGCAGAAUAGACAAUUUAGGGGAACGGAGAUUUUACCUGUAUAAUGAUUUGAAAGUUGUUUUCCCCCAACGACAUUCGGAUGCUGACGAGGGAAAGUUGAAGGUUGAAUACCAUUUCCCUGAAGAUCCAAAAUAUUUUGAUAUCAGCAGCUGAAAUGAGUUCACUCAGACAUUCUCUCCUUGUUGGCGCUAAUUACCUGUAUGGACGACAAAAUGGUAAUAAUAAAAUUGAAAGUUGUAGAGGUCGGAUGGAUAACUUAUUUUUUUCGAAAUUAUCCUUCCUACCCUCCUUGUUGGUGUUUAUUUAGUCUUUUUAAGUGCAUAAAUUUGGAACCCUGGUGGUGGCCUGAGCUUUAGAUGGACCUCUUGAUCCAAUAUCAUGUAAUGUGACUGUAUUUCUUCACUCAAAUUUUCAAUUGUAUAUAUGUUUUCUAUGUACAUGUUUAAUUCAUUUUACUAAUAGUGGUAGUGGUAGCGACA